AUGCCUAGUGCCACGAAGACAGGUAGCAAGUACGAUGCCAUCCCGGGUCCUCUGGGUUUGGCAUCUGCUUCUCUUGAGGGCAAGGUAGCUCUCGUCACCGGUGCUGGCCGUGGUAUCGGUCGCGAGAUGGCGCUCGAGCUCGGGCGCCGCGGCGCCAAGGUCAUCGUGAACUACGCCAACAGCUCCGAGUCGGCCGAGGAGGUGGUGCAGCAGAUCAAGAAGAGCGGGUCGGACGCGCGGGCCAUCAAGGCCAACGUGUCGGACGUGGACCAGAUCGUGCAGCUGUUCGACCAGGCCGUCAAGGUGUGGGGCAAGCUCAACAUCGUCUGCUCCAACAGCGGCGUCGUCUCCUUCGGCCACGUCAAGGACGUCACGCCCGAGGAGUUCGACCGCGUCUUCGGCGUCAACACGCGCGGCCAGUUCUUCGUCGCCCGCGAGGCCUACAAGCACCUCGAGGUCGGCGGCCGCCUCAUCCUCAUGGGCAGCAUCACGGGCCAGGCCAAGGGCGUGCCCAAGCACGCCGUCUACUCCGGCAGCAAGGGCACCAUCGAGACCUUCGUCCGCUGCAUGGCCAUCGACUUCGGCGACAAGAAGAUCACCGUCAACGCCGUCGCGCCCGGCGGCAUCAAGACCGACAUGUACCACGCCGUGUGCCGGGAGUACAUCCCCAACGGCGACAAGCUGCAAGACGAAGAAGUUGACGAGUACGCUUCGACGUGGUCACCUCUUGGCCGUGUCGGCCUCCCCAUCGAUAUCGCCCGUGUCGUUUGCUUCUUGGCAUCUCAAGAUGGUGAAUGGAUCAAUGGCAAGGUCCUCGGAAUUGACGGCCAUGCUAUGAUGUAA